ACUCGUAGCGCUUGCGCGGAGAUGAUACGUAGGGACUCACUUGCGCAAGUACGAAGGCGAUUGGGGCGUGCGACUCGGACCAAACGGGACCCUCCGUCCGUGACCAGAAUACUCCGGCCCCCAUGGAGCAGCUACCUUGCAGCAACCGCCUCUGAUACCCCGCUUGCCUUCGAAUAGCGCCACAAUAAGACCAGGAUCUUUGACUUCUGGUCUGUCACCGCACUACCCAUCUUCUUUGUUAAGAGCUGGUCUCUCGCCUCGAUCGUCUCCAUACACCUCUUCGUACGAAUGCUUGAUCUUCUUCUAGACAACCCUAUACCUCAAGACCCGUCAUGUCAACUUCUUGGCAGUGGCAUCUGACCCUGCUCCUUCUCUGUAUCUUGGGCAUUCUUCCAGGGGACGCAUUCUCCUCAACGGUGUGGCUCGCUACCCGAGCAUACGGCGAUCUUUACCAUGCAGGCCGUGGCGACAGCGUUCCCGUCUACUCGCCCAGCUCCUCUAUUACCUCUCCCGUUUCUGUCAAGUCCUUCCACAGUUUGCCCGAAUUGAAUUACUCGCCACCUCGACCCAAGUCUCCAAUCCGUGAAGCUCGUCGGCGUCGCAGAAGUCGCAACCGCAUCCAGAAAGUAAUGCAUAGAAUAGCUCCUCCAAGUCCUGACCCAUCUUCGCCCGGAGGACCUCUGCAUCACGUUGUAGUAGGGACCCCCAUCCCCGAUUGGAGCCCACCUUUGAGUACACCAAGUUGGCUGAAGCCUUCGCCUCCACCGCCUGCUUCGCCAAAAUUGGUGCAGAAAAAGGAGUCGCUAUGGACGAAGGUCAGGGGAGCAGCAAAGAAGGCAGGUCGGUGUAUGAGCUGUGCGUAACUGUGUCCUCCCAUCAAGAAAGAUGCCGCUGCUAGGCGGGUCAAAUGCCAAAGUCUCUGAAUGUCCAUAAACCCAUCAUCAAUGCAAUCACUAUUUGCUCUCGUCACUUUGCUGUGCUUUGUGCA